AUGGUUCCGGAAGUCAAGCCGCUUAUGAAAGAAUCACUCAGCGACAGCAGUUAUUCGAGUAAAGGCAAUGAUUCAUCAAGUCCUGAAUUAAAAGAAGAAAUAUUAAAGGAGUUUCCAUCUGCCGAAAUAAGCGCAAUAAAAAUCGUACCAGACGAUUUGCAGGAAAUUAAAUCGACUCUUACAGAAUGGUUCGACUUGAAAAUCAACGUAAUAUUCACAACAGGCAAUCUACCAGACAUGAUCUUUGCUAUGAUUAUCAGUAGCUUGAAGAUCAAUCCAAUGGCGAUGCUCUCCAGACCCUUGAGCUAUAUUAAAGACAACACGAUGAUAGUAAAUCUGCCGGGAAGCCCCGAAAUGAUUUCGGAAUGCUUCGGUAUCAUCAAGGAAGCCUUACCCCGCGCUUUGGAGCUCCUAACAGAACAGAAGAAAUCUGUGGUUUCUGGUCACGGAGCCAUGCAAAGCGACUCAGGAGCAUCCGUUGUCCCAACCACCAGCCCUAGUAAGGUGAAACUGGCUUCAUUAAGAAAAUACCGCUACCCUAUUAUCGAUGUUGAAUAUGCUUCUGCUAUUCUGCUUCUGCGGUUAAUUAUUAAGGAUAUUUGUUUUGAUAAAGAGGAAACCACAGAAACGGUGCCUUUGGAGAGAUCGCUUAAUCGAAUUGUAGCAGAAGAUAUUCAUGCUGAAGAAUCGAUUCCUUCAUUUGCAACUUCGAUUAUAGAUGGUUACGCUGUUAAAAAGAGCGAUGGCAAAGGAAUACGUGUUGUAAAGAAUGUCACAACUGCAGAAGAUAAGUCAAUCGAUAAGGUUCUGCAGUCAGGCGAAGCGAAAACAAUAUCGAUGGGAGAUCCAAUUCCUGCGGAAGCAGACGCAGUGGUACCAUUGGAAGAUACAUCAGUUGUUGAAUAUUCGAUUGAUGGUUCUGAAGUAAUUAAGGUUGAAAUCAAAAGAGCACCCAACUAUAAUGAAAACAUAAGAAUAAUCGGAAGCGACGUAUCGAAGAAUUCUUUGGUUUUAAAAAAAGGCGAACGUAUCAAACAUUUCUCUCUUGGAGUUUUAGCCAUGUUAGGAAAAACAAAUAUUUUGGUUUAUAAACGCCCUUCUAUAGGAGUCAUAUCAAUUGGCAAUUAUAUUUGUGAACCUAAAGAAGAACUAGCCCCUGGCAAAAUCAGAGAUGCAAAUAGAUUCACCUUAAUUAAUUUGCUUAAAAAUUACCGUUAUAAAUCAAACGAUUGUGGUAUAGCUAAAGACAAUCCUGAUGCAAUAAAGCAAGCUCUUGAACAAAGUUUUACUUGUAACGAUGUUAUUAUAACGAACAGUUCAAUGGGAGAAGUGGACAUGUUGAAACGGGUCCUCGUUGAGGAUUUUCAAGCUACUAUACAUUUUUCCAGAGUAAACAUGAAACCCGGAAAAUACACGACCUUUGCGACACUUAUGUAUAAUGAAACAUGGAAAAUGGUGUUUGGCAUAACGGUCAGCGACAGCAGUUAUGCGGGUAAAGGCAAUGAUUCAUCAAGUCCUAAAUUAAAAGAAGAAAUAUUAAAGGAGUUUCCAUCGGCCGAAAUAAUCGCAAUAAAAAUCGUACCAGACGAUUUGCAGGAAAUUAAAUCGACUCUAACAGAAUGGUUCGACUUGAAAAUUAACGUAAUAUUCAUAACAGGCAAUUUACCAGACAUGAUCUUUGCUAUGAUCACCAGUAGCUUGAAGAUCAUUCCAAUUGCGAUGCUCUCCAGACCCUUGAGCGGUAUUAGAGACAACACGAUGAUAGUAAAUCUGCCGGGAAGCCCCGAAAUGGUUUCGGAAUGCUUCGGUAUUAUCAAGGAAGCCUUACCCCUCGCUUUGGAGCUCCUAACAGAACAAAACAAAUCUGUGGUUUCUGGUCACGGAGCCAUUCUGAGCGACUCAGGAGCAUCCGUUGUCCCAACCACCAGCCUUAGUAAGGUGAAACUGGCUCCAUUAAGAAAAUACUGCUACCCUAUUAUCGAUAUUAAAGUUGCUUCUGCUAUUAUUAAGGAUAUUUGUUCUGAUGAAGAGGAAACCACAGAAACGGUGCCUUUGGAGAGAUCGCCUAAUCGAAUUGCAGCAGAAGAUUUUCGUGCUGAAGAAUCGAUUCCUUUAUUUGUAACUUCGAUUAUAGAUGGUUACGCUGUUAAAAGGAGCUAUGGCGGAGGAAUACGUGUUGUAAAGAAUGUCGCAACUGCAGGAGAUAAGCCAAUCGAUGAAGUUCUGCAGUCAGGCGAAGCGAUAAGAAUAUCGAUGGGAGAUCCAAUUCCUGCGGGAGCAGACGCAGUGGUACCAGUGAAAGAUACAUCAGUUGUUGAAUAUUCGAUUGAAGUAAUUAAGGUGAAAAUCAAAAGAACACCCGACUACAAUGAAAACAUAAGUCCUGAUGCAAUAAAGCAAGCUCUUGAACAAAGUUUUACUUGUAACGAUGUUAUUAUAACGAACAGUUCAAUGGGAGAAUUGGACAUGUUGAAACGGGUCCUCGUUGAGGAUUUUCAAGCUACUAUACAUUUUUGCAGGAUAGACAUGAAACCCGGCCCCUCCCCUAGCGGAAACGCUACCAUCAAACCCCCCACUAAACCCACCUUUUCCUUCGUCGUAAAGAACAUCGACACCGACGUUACUGACGAAGAAUUCCAAUCCGCUCUGAAAGACCAGGAAAUCCCUUUUAAAAAAUCUCCAGAGAAUUAUCUCCAAAGCAACCAACCCCCUACCAGACUCUGUUUGCAAAACGGUCAUUCCGCUAGCGAAUGCUCCAAUAAAAUCACUUGCCCUACCUAUGGUGAAAACCACAACAAAACCUCCUGCCCCAAAAUCCAAACCCUCAAAUGCUCCUACUGCCAGAGCGACCACCCCGCCUAUUCCACUAGAUGUCCCGAAAGACAAAAAGUCCCAGAAAUACCCGAACAAGUCGCCCCAGUUUUCCCCCCAAAACCCGUUUCCCCCUAUGAACUCACCACCGAUGUAAAACUUACCAUUCAAAUAACCACCACCCUCCUCAUGAAUGUCCUCCCUAAUAACCGCGAGCUGAUUAUUAAAACAAUCGGCUUGAUCAUCCUGAUCCUUUUCGGCCACUCCUAUAUAAUAACAGGUAGUGUCAGCGACAGUAGUUAUGCGGGUAAAGGCAAUGAUUCAUCAAGUCCUGAAUUAAAAGAAGAAAUAUUAAAGGAGUUUCCAUCGGCCGAAAUAAGCGCAAUAAAAAUCGUACCAGUGGAUAUGCAGGAAAUUAAAUCGACUCUAACAGAAUGGUUCGACUUGAAAAUCAACGUAAUAUUCAUAACAGGCAAUUUACCAGACAUAAUCUUUGCUAUGAUUAUCAGUAGCUUGAAGAUCAAUCCAAUGGCGAUGCUCUCCAGACCCUUGAGCUAUAUUAAAGACAACACGAUGAUAGUAAAUCUGCCGGGAAGCCCCGAAAUGGUGAAACUGGCUCCAUUAAGAAAAUACUGCUACCCUAUUAUCGAUGUUGAAGUUGCUUCUGCUAUUAUUAAGGAUAUUUGUUCUGAUAAAGAGGAAACCACAGAAACGGUGCCUUUGGAGAGAUCGCUUAAUCGAAUUGUAGCAGAAGAUUUUUGUGCUGAAGAAUCGAUUCCUUCAUUUGCAACUUCGAUUAUAGAUGGUUACGCGGUUAAAAGGAGCGAUGGGAAAGGAAUACGUGUUGUGAAGAAUGUCGCAACUGCAGGAGAUAAUCCAAUCGAUGAAGUUCUGAAGUCAGGCGAAGCGAAAAGAAUAUCGAUGGGAGAUCCAAUUCCUGCGGGAGCAGACGCAGUGGUACCAGUGGAAGAUACAUCAGUAGAUAAAUAUUCGAUUGAUGGUUCUAAAGUAAUUAAGGUGGAAAUCAAAAGAGCACCCAACUAUAAUGGAAACAUAAGAGGAAUCGGAAGCGACGUAUCGAAGAAUUCUUUGGUUUUAAAAAAAGGCGAACGUAUCAAACAUUUCUCUCUUGGAGUUUUAGCCAUGUUAGGAAAAACAAAUAUUUUGGUUUAUAAACGCCCUUCUAUAGGAAUCAUAUCAAUUGGCAAUUAUAUUUGUGAACCUAAAGAAGAACUAGCCCCUGGCAAAAUCAGAGAUGCAAAUAGAUUCACCUUAAUUAAUUUGCUUAAAAAAUACCGUUAUAAAUCAAACGAUUGUGGUAUAGCUAAAGACAAUCCUGAUGCAAUAAAGCAAGCUCUUGAACAAAGUUUUACUCGUAACGAUGUUAUUAUAACGAACAGUUCAAUGGGAGAAUUGGACAUGUUGAAACGGGUUCUCGUCGAGGAUUUUCAAGCUACUAUACAUUUUUGCAGGAUAAAGAUGAAACCCGGCGACAGCAGUUAUUCGGGUAAAGGCAAUGAUUCAUCAAGUCCUAAAUUAAAAGAAGAAAUAUUAAAGGAGUUUUCAUCUGCCGAAAUAAUCGCAAUAAAAAUCGUACCAGUGGAUAUGCAGGAAAUUAAAUCGACUCUAACAGAAUGGUUUGACUUGAAAAUCAACGUAAUAUUCACAACAGGCAAUUUACCAGACAUCAUCUUUGCUAUGAUCACCAGUAGCUUGAAGAACAUUCCAAUUGCGAUGCUCUCCAGACCCUUGAGCUAUAUUAAAGACAACACGAUGAUAGUUAAUCUGCCGGGAAGCCCUGAAAUGGUUUCGGAAUGCUUCGGUAUCAUCAAGGAAGCCUUACCCCUCGCUUUGGAGCUCCUAACUGAACAAAAAAAAUCUGUGGUUUCUGGUCACGGAGCCAUUCUGAGCGACUCUGGAGCAUCCGUUUUCCCAACCACCAGCCUUAGUAAGGUGAAACUGGCUCCAUUAAGAAAAUACCGCUACCCUAUUAUCGAUAUUAAAGUUGCUUAUGGUAUUAUUAAUGAUAUUUGUUCUGAUGAAGAGGAAACCACAGAAACGGUGCCUUUGGAGAGAUCGCUUAAUCGAAUUGUAGCAGAAGAUUUUCGUGCUGAAGAAUCGAUUCCUUCAUUUCCAACUUCGAUUAUAGAUGGUUACGCUGUUAAAUGGAGCCGUUGCAAAGGAAUACGUGUUGUGAAGAAUGUCGCAACUGCAGGAGAUAAGCCAAUCGAUGAAGUUCUGCAGUCAGGCGAAGCGAUAAGAAUAUCGAUGGGAGAACCAAUUCCUGCGGAAGCAGACGCAGUGGUACCAUUGGAAGAUACUUCAGUUGUUGAAUAUUCGAUUGAUGGUUCUGAAGUAAUUAAGGUGGAAAUCAAAAGAGCACCCAACUACAAUGAAAACAUAAGACCAAUCGGAAGCGACGUAUCGAAGAAUUCUUUGGUUUUAAAAAAAGGCGAACGUAUCAAACGCAUCUCUUUAGAAGUUUUAGCCAUGUUAGGAAAAAGUAAUAUUUUGGUUUAUAAACGCCCUUCUAUAGGAGUCAUAUCAAUUGGCAAUGAUAUUUGUGAACCUAAAGAAGAACUAGCCCCUGGCAAAAUCAAAGAUGCAAAUAAAUUCACCUUAAUUAAUUUGCUUAAAAAUUUCCAUUAUGAAGCAAACGAUUGUGGUAUAGCUAAAGACAAUCCUGAUGCAAUAAAGCAAGCUCUUGAACAAAGUUUUACUUGUAACGAUGUUAUUAUUAUAAGCAGUGCAAUGGGAGAAUUGGACAUGUUGAAACGGGUCCUCGUUGAGGAUUUUCAAGCUACUAUACAUUUUUGCAGGAUAAAGAUGAAACCCGGCGACAGCAGUUAUGCGGGUAAAGGCAAUGAUUCAUCAAGUCCUAAAUUAAAAGAAGAAAUAUUAAAGGAGUUUCCAUCGGCCGAAAUAAGCGCAAUAAAAAUCGUACCAGACGAUUUGCAGGAAAUUAAAUCGACUCUAACAGAAUGGUUCGACUUGAAAAUUAACGUAAUAUUCACAACAGGCAAUCUACCAGACAUGAUCUUUGCUAUGAUCACCAGUAGCUUGAAGAUCAUUCCAAUGGCGAUGAUCUCCAGACCCUUGAGCUAUAUUAGAGACAACACGAUGAUAGUAAAUCUGCCGGGAAGCCCUGAAAUGGUUUCGGAAUGCUUCGGUAUCAUCAAGGAAGUCUUACCCCGCGCUUUGGAGCUCCUAACAGAACAAAAAAAAUCUGUGGUUUCUGGUCAUGGAGCCAUGCAAAGCGACUCAGGAGCAUCCGUUGUCCCAACCACCAGCCUUAGUAAGGUGAAACUGGCUCCAUUAAGAAAAUACUACUACCCUAUUAUCGAUGUUGAAUUAGCUUCUGCUAUUAUUGAGGAUGUUUGUUCUGAUGUAGAGGAAACCACAGAAACGGUGCAUUCGGAGAGAUCGUUUAAUCGAAUUGCAGCAGAAGAUUUUCGUGCUGAAGAAUCGAUUCCUUUAUUUGCAACUUCGAUUAUAGAUGGUUACGCUGUUAAAUGGAGCGAUGACAAAGGAAUACGUGUUGUGAAGAAUGUUGCAACUGCAGGAGAUAAUCCAAUCGAUGAAGUUCUGCAGUCAGGCGAAGCGAAAAGAAUAUCGAUGGGAGAUCCAAUUCCUGCGGGAGCAGACGCAGUGGUACCAGUGAAAGAUACUUCAGUUGUUGAAUAUUCGAUUGAUGGUUCUGAAGUAAUUAAGGUGAAAAUCAAAAGAACACCCGACUACAAUGAAAACAUAAGUCCUGAUGCAAUAAAGCAAGCUCUUGAACAAAGUUUUACUUGUAACGAUGUUAUUAUAACGAACAGUUCAAUGGGAGAUUUGGACAUGUUGAAACGGGUUCUCGUCGAAGAUUUUCAAGCUACUAUAUAUUUUUACAGAGUAAACAUGAAAUCCGGAAGCAGCAAGUAUCCAAUGGAUCCAGGUUAUCAUAAAGAUGAUAAGCACAAUGAGAGUGAGGUCAUUAACCAAAAGGAAUACCGCAGCAUGAUUGGCUCACUACUCUACAUAGCAAACAACACACGGCCGGAUAUUUCUGCAUCUGUGGGUAUUCUUUCGCAAAGAGUUUCAAAUCCCAGAUAUAAGGAUUUAACGGAAGUGAAACGGAUUUUCCGUUAUCUAAAUACUACAAAGGAUAAACGCCUUCACAUAGGUAACAUUCAGACUUCAGACAUAAUGAACAUGGUAGUGAACAUUCAUACAGACGCAGACUGGGCGAAUGAUCGGAAGGACCGGAAGUCAAUUACCGGAUUUAUAAUUCAACUUGAAGAUGACCUUCUAGUUUGGUGUUCCAGGAAGCAAUCAAUAGUCGCUCUUUCGUCGAUCGAGUCGGAAUAUGUGGCCAUAGCUGAAUCUUUAAGAGAAUCCAUUUGGAUCGAGCGACUUUUGCAGGAUCUUGGCGUUGUGAUUGAACGUCCUUGGAUUUGUUUUGAAGAUAAUCAAAGUAGCAUCGCUGAAGCUUAUCAUGGCGGACUUAGUAAAAGACUGAAACACGUAGACAUGAAAUAUAACUUCGUCAAGAAAUUAGUAGAAGAUGAGAUAGUGGAAUUGAAGUAUAAAGAAAGUGGUGAUAUGUUGGCGGAUAUGUUGACCAAGCCAUUGACAGGAGAAACUAUUAAGAGGUUCAGUGACAUUGAGCCUAAUGAAUAA